GUGGCCAGACCAGAACCGCUAUCGCGCGUGGCUCUCACCUUCCAAUCACCGGGAAGUAAGGACGAGUGUCAGGUAGCAUUUUCGUACGUGAGAUUGUGGGGUUGUGCAGCAGGGGCUGCUUCAAUCAAUCCAUACGUAGAUUAUGUUCCCGACGCGCAAUCAAGUGGCGCGUGGUCUAAAUGCGCUUCUCGUUUGAACAUCCCUUCCCCCUUCUCUCUCUCGUGUCGCCUUAUUCUUCUCUUCGUCAUUCUCUCUCUCUCAGUCGAUAGCGACUGCUUUGAAACUUGUUUCACGAAGAGCUGGCUAGGGAGACCCAUCGGUGAAAGAAACGCCAUAACCCCAAAAUCUUCAGAUCAUCGGACUGUGGCAUGGACAGCCACCAGAGUGGACACUCCCGGCUACCGCCGACGGCUUUUCGGGCUAAAUGAAAGGCAAGACCCCUCGAGCUCGGAUCCCUGUUCAAACUUCUAACGAUGAUGACGAUGACGACGGCGAACCCAGAGUAGAAAUCCCCCCAAAACCCCUCAAAAACCCCAAAUUCGGAGCCAGAGUCUUACCCUUCAUCCUCUAUUUCGGUCGGGCCCUUGAGAAAAGUCACUUCGGGCUCAGCUGCUGUAAUGGCGGCGACUAACACCACCUCACCCAUGGACUCUGCUCCGGCGUCGGCGGACGACGUCACGGCGAAGGCCGUGCACAAGAGGUACGAAGGAUUAAUGAUGGUUCGAACCAAAGCUAUAAAGGGCAAAGGGGCUUGGUACUGGGCGCACCUAGAGCCGAUAUUGGUGUACAACAAUGACACUGGUUUGCCCAAAGCUGUGAAGCUCAGGUGCUCGCUUUGCGAUGCCCAGUUCUCUGCUUCAAACCCGUCUCGGACAGCGUCGGAACACCUCAAGAGAGGGACUUGCCCCAAUUUUAAUUCUCUCCCCAGACCCAUUUCUUCAAUUUCGCCGUCUCCGGUCGCCACCGUCGCUUCGCCGCCUUCCUCUUCGCACCACCAUAACCACCGUAAGCGUAGUUCUUCGGCGGCCUCCGGCGGCAGCGGCGGAGGCGGAGGCGGCCCUGCUUCUUCUUAUCAGGUUCCGCCGCUUGCUAUGGUGGAUCCCUCCCGAUUCUGCGCCGAGUUGGCGUAUCCUCCGGCGGUGACGGCAACGAGUGCUGUGGCUGCGAGUGGUGGUUCUUUGUUGCCUCAAUCGCAUUUGAUGUUGUCAGGUGGAAAGGAAGAUUUGGGGGCUCUGGCUAUGUUGGAGGAUAGUGUGAAGAAACUGAAGAGUCCGAAAACAUCGCCUGGUCCUACACUGAACAAGGCUCAGAUUGACUCGGCUCUUGAUUAUCUCGCCGAUUGGCUCUAUGAGACUUGUGGGUCAGUUUCUUUCUCGAGCCUCGAGCACCCCAAGUUCAGGGCUUUCCUGAACCAGGUUGGGUUGCCGGCGGUCUCGCGCAGGGAGUUCGCCGGCGCAAAGUUGGACGCGAAGUUCGAUGAAGCCAAGGCCGAGUCGGAAGAAAGAAUUAGGGAUGCGAUGUUCUUUCAAAUUGCCUCCGAUGGGUGGAAAUCCAAGAGUCCGGGACUUCUUAGCAAGGAGAAUUUAAUGAAUUUGGUGAAUUUGUCAGUGAAUCUCCCAAAUGGGACUAGUGUGUUCCGAAGGGCGGAGUUUACCAAUGGCUCUGCUCCUUCUAAGUACGCAGAGGACGUUCUAUGGGAGACAAUCACGGACAUUUGUGGAAAUGUGGUGCAUCAGUGUGUAGGAAUAGUUGCAGACAAGUAUAAGGCCAAGGCAUUGAGGAAUUUAGAGAAUCAGCAUCAUUGGAUGGUUAAUCUAUCUUGUCAGUUUCAGGGGCUCAGUAGCUUGAUCAAAGACUUCAGUAAGGAACUUCCAUUAUUCAAGAAUGUUACUGAUAAUUGUUUGAAGCUCUCAAAUUUUGUUAAUAACAAGUCUCAGGUUCGAAAAAGCCUCCAAAAGUAUCAGUUGGAGGAGUAUGGGCAUGCUGGGUUACUACGAGUGCCAUUGCGAGAAUAUGAGAAGCAGAAUUUUGGACCUGUGUUUGCAAUGCUGGAGGAUAUACUGAACUCUGCUCGGGCACUCCAGUUGGUUCUGCUGGAUGAAUCAUUCAAGAUAGCAUCAAUGGAGGAUCCAAUAGCGAGAGACAUUGCAGAAAUUAUUCGGGACAUGCGAUUCUGGUCUGAACUGGAAGCAGUUCAUUCACUGGUAAAAUUGAUCAAGGAAACUGCCCAAGAGAUUGAGACAGAAAGACCAUUGGUUGGGCGAUGUCUCCCACUUUGGGAAGAUCUUAGAGUAAAAGUGAAGGAUUGGUGUUCCAAGUUUGAAAUUCCUGAAGGACCUGUGGACAAAGUGAUUGAAAGGCGGUUCAAAAAGAACUACCACGCGGCUUGGGCUGCUGCAUACAUACUUGAUCCACUUUACUUGAUUAGGGACACUAGUGGGAAGUACCUUCCCCCUUUCAAAUUGUUGACAGCUGAGCAGGAAAAGGAUGUAGACAAGCUCAUAACCCGGCUUGUGUCCAGGGAGGAGGCACACAUCGUCCUAAUGGAGCUGAUGAAAUGGAGAACAGAAGGGCUUGAUCCGGUUUAUGCACGAGCUGUGCAGAUGAAGGAGAGGGACCCUGUUACAGGAAAGAUGAAACUUGCCAACCCCCAAAGCAGCAGGCUUGUGUGGGAAACUUAUCUUACUGAGUUCAAGUCACUGGCAAAAGUUGCAGUGAGACUUAUCUUCCUUCAUGCAACUUCAUGUGGAUUCAAAUGCAAUUGGUCUUUCUUGAGAUGGGUGAGUGCUCAGGGGCACUCAAGGCUCGGUAUGGAUAGGGCUCAGAAAAUGAUAUUCAUUGCAGCUCAUUCCAAGCUUGACAGGCGGGAUUUUUCUAAUGAUGAAGAUAAGGAUGCAGAGCUGUUCACCUCAGCAAACGAAGCAUUCGACAAAGAUAUAAUUGGAUUAGAGAGGCCACCGUAAGGUGCCUGGUUGUUGAUAGAAUUCGUUAAGAGCAUGAUUGAAGGGGGAUUUGCAAAAAGGAUCCAAAGGAGGACUUGAUUUGAAAUAUUUGGUAGCGAGAUGUCUUUUUGCAAGAGGUCAGGGAUUGCUUGAACUGGCUGAGUGGAUAGCGAGCGAGGACUUGGUAUGUGGGUCAACAACCUGGGAAGGACCUGACAGCAAAUCUUUCUAGCUGGAGGAGCACUUCUCACUGUUCUCAUCUCAUCCGUAUCUUCUGGUUUGUGUGUCUUUGAGAGAGUGGAGCCCCACCAUAAAAGAAGUGGAAGUCUAUAUCCAAGCUUUGGGCUGUCAUGGAAAGAGAGCAGGGUCCUUCCAUCAAAUCGUCUUUGGGUAACUUCUCUUUUAAACAUUCCAAAGCUCGUGUUUAUGCAGACUCAUUUGGUGAUGCCUCCCCAUGAUUGUGAGAAAGGUCAAUUGAGGACCAAAGCAAAGGAAGACUGUCGGCAUGAAGCAGCACAGAAGGUGCCUAAUUGAGAUUCCGCAAGGAAUUUGAACUGAUUUUAGGUGCUUUGAAAUAGUAUCCCCAGUUUAAAAGCUAUAAAUUGGAUUGAGGAUAAGAGUUGUGGAUGCAUUGGCUUUACACCCACAUUGUACAUAUAUGGUUCUCCUACUGUAAUGUAUGUAAUUACAUAGAAGCAUGAUGGCUCACUUUCCAUUCAACACUUGUUACCCCUGUAUAUUUCAGAAUGACUAAAAUUAUCCACAUUUAACUAUUUGUACAAUUAAGAAAAGAUGAUUAAAUAAUUUUUUCCUUUUGUUUCU